UUUUUAUUCCUCAAUUUCUAAAAGUUUAACCCAUCGAUCCAGUCAGCUGUAAUCAUCGAAGUGUCGAACGCCCCGCUAAGUCGCCGACUCCCUUCGCGGCUUCGCCCUCCGGCAGGCGCCAGCACGCAGCACGGCAGCACCGGCACUCCGCCAGACUACAGCGCCGCAGCACGCCUCGUCAGUGGUCGCCUACUCGCCUUACGCCCGUCGCCCGGUCGCCUGCAUUCCGCCACUCACCCUUCGGCGGUUUGGCCAAUCUUCCCUUCUCAAUUUUCACCUUCCGCAGUUCCGACAGGAAUAUGCUGGGGUCAUUGCCCAUAUUGCCUCUCCCUCCUGCUACAGAGGAUGGAAAUCUUGGUCCAUUGCCUCUAGCUCAAUUGACAGAAAAGGACAAAGAUGAUGUUAAGGAAAUGAAUGAGGAGGAAAAGAACAAAAACAGUUCAGCCUUAGCAUCAGUUGCGACCCAUGCAAAAACUAUUGGGAUCAUUUACCCACCUCCUGAUAUUAGAAGCAUUGUUGAUAAGACAUCUCAGUUUGUUGUUAAGAAUGGUCCAGAAUUUGAGAGAAGGAUUGUUCUGAGCAAUGCAGGGAAUGCAAAGUUUAACUUUUUGAACCCCUCAGAUCCUUAUCAUGCUUACUAUCAACACCGCUUGUCCGAGGGCCGUGCACAGAAUUUGGCUUCUGGUCAGCAGCUUCCUUCAAAGAUAGCCGAUUCAGAUGCUUCAGAAUCAGCCCCUUCUGCACCUUCAUCUGAUGCCAUUGAUGCAAUGGCAAAGCCCGACCCAUCUGCACAGUUCAGACCCGUUCGCAAGGUUCUUGAACCACCAGAAGCGGAACAGUAUACUGUUCGGCUUCCUGAGGGGAUCACAGGAGAGGAAUUGGAUAUCAUUAAGCUCACUGCGCAGUUUGUAGCAAGGAACGGGAAGUCUUUUCUGACAGGGUUGACCAGUAGAGAGAUCAACAAUUCUCUAUUUCAGUUUCUGAAGCCUACACAUAGCAUGUUUAUGUUUUUCACAUCACUGGCAGAUGCGUACUCAAAGGUCCUAAUGCCUCCUAAAGGCUUGACUGAUAAACUGAAGAAGAGUGCUGCUGACAUGACGACUGUACUUGAACGGUGCCUAAAUCGGUUGGAAUGGGAAAGGUCACAGGAACAGGCUAGACAGAAAGCUGAAGAUGAAAUAGAAUCAGAGAGACUGCAAAUGGCUAUGAUCGAUUGGCAUGAUUUUGUUGUGGUCGAGACUAUAGAUUUUGCUGAUGAUGAGGAUCAUGAUUUACCCCCUCCUAUGACCCUUGAGGAGGUUAUCAGGAGGAGCAAGAUGUCAUCGAUGGAUGAGGAGGAAGAUUUUGUUGAGCCAGGGAAAGAAGUAGAAAUGGAGAUGGAUGAGGAAGAGGUUCAACUCGUUGAAGAAGGCAUGAGAGCCACUACCAUUGAGGACAACUCUGUCCAGAAUUCUGAAAUUAAGGCAAUAACAGAGGAUCAUGAUCCGCCCAUGAGAAUUGUGAAAAACUGGAAAAGGCCUGAAGAGAGGUCCCUUCCAGAAAGAGAUCCAACAAAGUAUGUCAUUUCUCCUAUAACCGGGGAGAUGAUUCUGAUCAGUGAGAUGUCUGAGCAUAUGAGGAUCUCUCUUAUUGAUCCUAAAUACAAGGAGCAGAAAGAGAGAAUGUUCGCGAAGAUUAGGGACACAACCCUUGCUCAGGAUGAUGAAAUUUCUAGAAACAUUGUUGGGCUCGCUAGGACACGUCCCGAUAUUUUUGGAACCACAGAAGAAGAAGUGUCAAAUGCAGUCAAGGCCGAGAUCGAGAAGAAAAAGGAAGAGCCAAAACAGGUCAUAUGGGAUGGUCACACUGGAAGCAUUGGUCGUACAGCUAGCCAGGCAUUGUCCCAAAACAGUGCAGAAGAUCAGUAUGAUUUUGUAAAUGAUGCAAGGAAUCUUCCGGGCCCACAAGCACCACCUCCUCCCAGGCCUGGGUUGCCAUCAGUUCGACCACUUCCCCCACCACCUGGUCUGGCAUUAAACAUCCCUCACGCUCCUAAUACUUACCUCUAUCCAACUCAUGGUACCCCUGGGGUUAUUGUUCCACCUCUUCCCAGGCCUCCUGUGAUUAACACAAUCCCACAGUUGCAACCCCCACACCCUACCAACUCACCCAUGUCUGGGCAGCAUCUUAUGGUUAACCGUCCCCCAAUGCACACAUCAAUGCCCAUCAGUGCUCCCAACAUUUCGGUACCAUUACCACCUGGCUCUCAAUAUACACCUAUGGGUCCUCCUCGACCAUCUUUUGUUCCCCAUCCCAUGUCCCAAUCUGGAAUGAAUGUGGUUCCACCACCUCCAAUGCUACCCCAUGGAAUGCCUCCACCACCUCCGCCCGAAGAAGCUCCACCACUUCCAGAGGAACCAGAGCCUAAAAGGCAAAAGCUUGAUGAGUCUAUACUCAUUCCUGAGGACCAGUUCCUGGCCAAGCAUUCGGGACCUGCCCGUAUCAGCAUUACUGUACCCAAUGUUGAUGAGGGAAACCUCAAAGGCCAGGUAUUGGAAAUUUCAGUGCAGUCCUUGUCUGAAACUAUUGGCAGUUUGAAGGAGAAGAUAUCUGGUGAGAUCCAGCUUCCUUCAAACAAGCAGAAGCUGAGUGGGAAGGCUGGUUUUCUCAAGGACAACUUGUCGCUUGCCUAUUACAAUGUUUUUUCUGGAGAAACACUCAAUCUUUCACUCAGAGAACGUGGUGGCAGAAAGAGAUGAAUAUCUAGGGCUUCGUUCUUACUGUUGUUAUGCUAGUUUUUGAGAUUUUAUUUCAUAUGUACCCCUAACAGUGCUUUUUGAUUUUUUUUUUUUAAUUUUAAAUGUCUUUGAGCUGAUGGUAUGGUAAUCCUCAUUCUGACUUUUACAGAAUUCGCAACUUGGUAAGGUACCACUGAAGCUUAUGGGAAGUUUU